AAAAAUACAAGAAUGGUAUAUUGUUGUGUAUUUUUUUUUUUUAUGUUCAGGUAAUAUUAUUCCACGGAAGGCAUUGUUUUUACUACAGCUUUCCGGAAGAAGAUAUCUGUGAAAGAGAAGCAGUGGAAUCCUGGUAACCAUGAAGUUUGACGAUAUCCUGGAGAGGGUGGGGGAGUUUGGGUUCUACCAGAAGCGGCUUUAUCUGAUUUUGUGCAUCCCGGCUAUCACUGUGGGCUGUCUGAUGAUGAUGUUGGUUUACACCACGCACACACCGGCGCACAGAUGUAAAAUUCCUGGCUACGACAAUGAUACAUAUCUUGAACAAAAUGAGAACCACAGACAGCUGAUAAACUGGUCUAUUCCACUUCCUGAGGAUCCACACUCGGUUCUGAAAUAUGACAGGUGUCACGUGAUACAACGCGAUGAAUCCAAUGUAACCCGACUUGUCAAAUGCAGCGAAUGGGUGUACGAUAGGUCUGUGUUCGAAGAAACAUUUACGUCUAAGGUUAAUUUAGUUUGUGACGACGCUAUGAAAACAUCGCAUGCACAGAUGGUUUUCUAUUUUGGAGUGCUGUCAGGAAAUGUAGUGCUAGGAUACCUGUCCGAUAUGGUCGGUAGGAAGAAGGUCCUAGUGAUGUCGGCUUUUCUACAGGUUGUCUCAGCAACCAGCGUCGCCUUUGUGUCUGACUUUUACCUCUUUGUUGUCCUGAAUUUCAUCGUAGGAGUUGCGUGUCAUGGAGUGUUCAUGCCGGCCAGUGUAUUAAGCGUUGAAUUCACCGGACCGUCUAAGAGGGUGAUGACCGGUAUUCCUAUCCACAUGUUUUUUACUGUGGGGUUGUUGUACCUGGCGGGAGUAGGUGCCUUGGUCCGUAAUUGGCAGUAUCUACAACUGGCCGUGGCUGUACCAUGUGUAGUUUAUGUCCUGUACUGGUGGGUGAUUCCAGAAUCCCCCCGUUGGCUGUUGACGCAGGGGCGAUUAGAAGAGGCGGAAGAAAUUGUACAACGUAUCGCCAAAGUAAACGGAGUCAAAGUGAAAGGAAAUCUCAUUGUAGGAGAAAAAAUUGAUAUCCCUAAAGGGGAAAAAAUUUGGCAUGUGUUUGGAUACCGUGUGUUGUUCAUACGUGCGCUGAUUUUAUUCUUCAAUUGGAUUGUAAUAGCCAUGGAUUACUACGGAGUGACUAUGCAUAUUGGAAAUCUAGGAGGGGACUUUUACCUGAAUCAAUUCAUUCUAGCAAUUGUAGAGUUUCCUGCCAAAAUUUCUACCAUGGUUUUACUAAACAGAAUAGGACGUCAGAAGUUACACUUCUUGAUUAUGAUCAUAGGUGGCGCUGCGUUAUUGUGUACCAUAUUUCCUGUCCUUUAUGGCAAAGAAGAAUUAAGCAGUCUGACAUUAGUCCUGUCCAUCAUUGGUAAGAUGGGGUCUGCAGCGGCUUUUGGUGUCAUCUACAUAUACACGGCAGAGUUAUAUCCUACUGUGGUCCGGAACGGCGCCAUGGGAACUAGUUCCUGUGUCGCUCGCUUUGGCGGUAUGGCUGCUCCAUAUAUAGCAUCAACGAGUGACUAUGUCAGCGGAAAGUUUGGCCAGGCGUUGCCGUUAGUGAUUUUUGGCGGUUCUUCGGUCAUGGCUGGGAUUCUAACUUUAUUCCUACCGGAAACUCUACACCGGAAGCUACCAGAAACAAUCCAAGAUGGAAUCGAAUUCGGAAAAAAGAAGCAUGACAUAUCCACAUUUGACGUCACACUGGAAACAUCUAAACCGUCCGGGGUAAAUAACUCGUCUUGUGAAGCGGCUGAAUUGUGACGAGGAAGACAAUAGUUAUUGUGCAUUAUAUUUGUCCACAGAUAAGUACAGUUUAUUGAUGUCACCAGGGUACACAUAAAUUAAACUAAUAGUAUAACAAUAA